CAGCUGCGUUUUAAACUGAAGAACCUCCACGGUUCUCAAGCUUUAAAGGAGAUUGUUGUCAAUCAUUGCAGGAAAGCCUCCUACCUGGAAUUAUUUCGUGACGCAGCCAAGUGAGGAAAAAGGUUCUCAAAAUUGUGGUCAUCAUCCCAGAGCACAGGAGAUAAGGUGAAAACGUGGUGAAUGCGCCAAUACGGACUAACUAGCCGGUUACCAUAACAGUACCAUUGCGACUUCAGCUUGCCCAUAACCGGAAGAACUUCGCUUUCUCAGUAUAGCACAAGCUAUUGUGAGGUGAAGGACAGCUGGACGUUCCCACAUUGGAAUAGCGAACCUGGAUUUUGAGUCACUGAAGGGACAUUUUGGCCUGGGAGUUUAAAUCAUGAGUGAAUUCUGGUUGUGUUUUAAUUGCUGUAUUGCGGAACAACCUCAACCGAAAAGGCGACGGCGGAUUGAUCGAAGCAUGAUAGGGGAGCCAACUAACUUUGUUCACACAGCCCAUGUAGGAUCAGGAGAUGUCUUUAAUAGUGGAAUGAACUCCGUGAGCUCAAUUCAGAACCAAAUGCAGUCCAAAGGUGGUUAUGUAGGUCCGCCUAUACCAGUUAAUGUUCAGAUGCAGCUUGUGGACACAAAGGCUGGAUAACACUUAAAUGAAACCUGUAUUCUUCUGAGUUCAUAUGUUUGCUACACUCAUCUUCGUUUUAACUCUUUGGUGACUGUUUCUAUGAGUUCUUCAUGAUGAGAAAGGCCUAACAACAACCCAUCAUUCAUUUCUGUGGCCGUUCGGUUGAGACUGAUGUUCCGCUCUGACGAUGUUAUUAACUGGGCUAGUCCUGCACUGCCCAAUGGCUUUCAUGGAUUUGGCCUGUGCUGUAGUUACAGCUCUUCAUAUUUUUUUAAAAGAAUACAAAUGCAAUUUUAGCUUAUUCUUCUCUACAAGAUCAAUGAGUGCCAGAGCAAAGAAUUAUCAUGUUUUCAUGGAUUUGAUUAUCAUUCUCCAUUCAUACAGUAGUUUUUCUUUCUUUUGUUUUGUUGCCUUUUUAUUUGUUUGUAAUUUCAGUCUGUUGACAAGGAUGUCUGAAGGUCUGGAACCUGAAAAUACAAUUAUGUAAUUGUGCUCACUGUAAGAAAGUCAGCACUGUAGCUGAUUGCAUGUACUGUAGGUCAGUCCAGUGGCAUUCUGAUGUCAAAGUGUCUGUUGAAGCAGAAUGAUAAUAUUAUUGCUGACAUAUUUCUAGCCAGAAUGCCAGUUUUGCCAAAUGCCUGUCUCUUUCCUUCCCAGUUGUCAUUUCUCUUAUCCAAGGUGCCUAUGUACUUCUAUAUUUAUUCAUUUUUUAAAACUCCCCAUGAAAUUAACUAAGACUUUUAACUGGCAUUUAUCUCUGAUGUGCAAUUCAGGAAACUUCUAAAUUUUAUAUAAACUGAUUUUAAAACAAAAUGCAUUUUUCCCAUGAGAAAACCAGGCCUGUCACACUGAUAAUAUAGUGAUAUGCUAAUGUUUCAUACUUCCCUUUGUUUAUACCGCAACUGUUGAUAUAGGAAAUAAAUGCCUAAAUUCUUAAUUUCCAGACCUGCCAGCACCUCCGAAUGAAAUAUGCAUCCAUUUCUGUACAGUUUUGUGGACCUUUCUCUGCCAUUCUUUGGGUGAAUAUCAGACUUCUUUUUUUAAAAGGUGUUACCUAUACCUGAGGUAUUGAGUGGAGGGGAUGGUUGAGGUAUGAAAGAGUGCAAAUUGCCUCUGUCAAUAUUGUGAACUGUUUGAACAAACACCAGAAAAAAUUAUGUUCAAUAAGGUGGCUUACACUCUUCAACAUGAGAAAGUCAAUAUCUUGCUCAGGAUUACUUUGGUAUUUUUUUUCCCUCAUUCCAUUCCUAUAUGAUGUACUGUACUAAUAUUGCACUGUUUUAUAAUAAAGUUAAUUGUGCAUGAUUUGGUGACUUUUAAAAAUCGAUUUCUUUUCAGUACAUAAGAAAUUGCCUUGACUCAAGAGCAUACUCUGUGAAGUGAGUCUAGGGAUAUUUUAUGGAGUUUUAAAUAUAGUAUUUCAGUGCAAAGUCAUCAGAACUCAGAAUACUUUGAUAAGUUCAAGCUUCCGGGAAUCUAUGAAGCAUCUAUGUAAGGACAGAGAAAUAUUAAAGGAGUAGUGCAGUACAAAUUGUGCCAGAAUGUCUGACACCAAAAUAUCUAAGUAUUUUUGAAAUAUGAUUGGGUGGAAUAGUAAUUACUUGAAUGAAUUAGCUGGAAACUGUGGCAUGCCUACCUUUGGAAUAUGUUGUUAUGACUGAUCUGAAUGCAUUCCAGCAUGCCAGUACUAGUCAUCUAAGCUGUAUGUGGUCAAUAUUAUGUAAAGGGGUGUGCAAGUUGUCAUCCCUUAGUGCUGCCAUAGCAAGCCAUUAAUUGAAAUAUAAUUUAUCAUUCAUAUGUAGACAAAAAAUUUUGUCAGCUACUUAACUGAAAGUUUGAUUUAACAUAUUUUUAUAAUGUAUACAAUUUUGUACAUGUUCUUCAUUCCUGAGUGACUUUGGUUUAGUCCAU